CGCCGCGCGUUCUAGAGUUCUUUGUGCGCAUGCGUGCUCGCUCUCCCUCGCGCAGUGCUCGGCUGAGUCAGUCAGUCAGUCUGUCGGAGUCUGUCUUCGGAACAGGCUGAGCGAAGGGACUUCGGAGAGCCUGCUGCCUACUUAUUCUAUUUUCCCUCCCUGUCUCCCGCCCCACGUCUCUCUUCACCCCUCUCCCGCCCUUGCUCGCGUAGCCAUGGCGGAGUCGUCGGCGGCCACUCAGUCCCCGUCCAUCUCCUCGUCGUCCUCCGGGGCCGAUCCGUCCGCGGCCGGCGGUGGCGGGAGCCCGGGAGCCAGCCCCGCCCUGGGGGCGAAAAGCUGCGGCUCCUCUUGUGCGGAUUCCUUUGUUUCUUCCUCUUCCUCUCAGCCUGUAUCUCUAUUUUCGACCUCUAAAGUGGAAUUGAGCUCUCUUUGCUCUGAUGAGCCACCUUCAGAAAUUAUGACUUCCUCCUUUCUUUCAUCCUCUGAAACACAUAACUCUGACCCUGCAACACUACAUGGAGAAAAAAAUGAAGUGUUAGGCAGCCAGCCUGUUAUAGCCAAAGAAGGAAAAGAUCACUUGGCUCUUCUACAUAUGAAAAAGAUGGAAAAGCCUCAGGGGACCUGCAAAGACAGAGCAGACUCUCCAGUUUCUCUUGCAGCAGGAAGAGUUCCUUGUAAUCAACCUUCCAUUCCAGCCAGUCUCCCAGAGUGUCCUGCUUUUCUCCUAAAGGAAGCCUGUCAAGUAGAAGAGCAAAUAAAUAAAGAUCAACAGUCCAAGAACUCAAAUCAGGUACUGAAUAGGGAGGAUAAAACUGCAUUGGAUGUUGAUGACAGGUUCAUUUUGCCAGUUGCCCAGAAACUACCCACUGAGCAGUCUAAUGAAGAAGACACUAGAACAUAUUCCUUGUCCCCCUAUGAAGUUUCAGGUGGUGGUAUUGUAGAAAAAGAUUCCCCUGAAUCACCAUUUGAAGUAAUUAUUGACAAAGCAGCAUUUGACAGAGAAUUUAAAGAUUCAUAUAAGGAGAGCGCAAAUGAUUUGGGUGGCUGGGCCGUGCACACUGAUAUAGAAUCAUCUGCAGACAUGUCAGAGACUAAUGACAAAGUGUUUCCACUGAGAAAUAGAGAGGCAGGGCGUUACCCAUCCUCUGCAUUACUCACUAGACAGUUUUCACACACAACUGCAGCAUUGGAAGAGGUGUCUAGAUGUGUGAAUGAUAUACAUAACUUUACUAAUGAAAUAUUGACUUGGGACUUGGUUCCCCAAGUGAAACAACAGACUGAUAAAUCUUCUGACUACCCCACAAAAAGUACAGGACUUGACAGGAAUGAAUAUCAUUCAGAAAUCCCAGUUGUAAAUCUUAGGACAAACACUUACCAGAAAAUUCCUGCAUAUUCUAUCAAUGAGAGCACAUCUAUCACCAAAAUCACAGGUGAUUGGGAAGACAUAUCUCUCCCACAAGAAAAUGCUAUCAUUGGAAAACCUGUAAGUGACCAUCUCAUUUCCACAAAAGAAGUCAAUGUCAAAGGUGUACAAGGUGAUAAACAGAAACAAGAUGACAUACUUCCAGAGUUGCCUGGAUCUCCAUGUGAGAAACAUGUCUCUUUGGGUUCUGGAGUGGCCACAGUGAAAGUGGUUUUACCUGAUGACAUCCUGAAGGAUGAAACAAACUGGCAGAUCUCUGUGCCAGAAGAAAUCACAGAGGCAGAUAGUUCUGGUGAGUCUGAUGACACAGUAAUAGAGGACAUCACAGCAGAGAGAUCAUUUGAAAAUAGGAUUUACACUGAAAAACCUUUCUCUAUUCCAAAUGCUGUUGUAAGAACAAAUGAAAUCAAAGAGACUCCCAGUUGUAAGAAGGUAGAAAGUACAACAUCUAAAAGCACUGAAGAGCUGGUCAGGGAGCCACAUCAAACUCAGUCUGGUAGUCUUGGAAGGAGACCAGUUGGUGAGGCAGUGUGUUCACCAAUACCUGGUAUGAAUGUUGUGUUGGAAGGUGUAAGAGAGUCCAAUGCUGUGAGUGAAGGUGCUCCUGAAAAGCCCAUUACAACUGAGAACCCAAAACUUCCUUCAGCCGCACCUCCAAAUGUUUUUAGUGAGACAGAAUUCUCAUUAAAUGUGACAGCUUCUGCCACGUUGGAGUCAUUAUAUGGAAAUCAUAUUAAAGACAUAGAUGAUUCCUCCCCAGAGGACUUGAUGGCAGCCUUAACAGAAACCAGAGAGAAAGGAAUACUAGGUAAAGAGGACGGAACUGAUUCUGAAGCAGUGUCACAGAAGCCAGCUUCUCCAGUAGAAGUCUCAUCUGAGAGUAAGUCAAAUAGUUCAAGCAAAAACAGUGCAAAAUGCAAAGAAACAAAUGGAAGUGACUUUCUGCAUGUUUUCACUACCCGUGGGACUCCAGUGGUAUCUCUUGACUUAGAACAGGAGCAGCUCACAAUCAGAGCCCUGAAAGAGUUAGGUGAAAGGCAGGGUGAGGAGCCACCUUCUGUGCAGGGUGAAGAAUCUCCUUCUGAAGAAAGACUCAAGCAAACAUUUGCUCCAGAACCUUGGCCACAGAGAUCAGGUGACAUCCUAGAACAUACAGAUGUUAAGACUGUAUCUGAUCUUGGGAUUUCCAAAAAGCCCUCUAUUAUCAAAGAAACUAGGGUAGAUAUUAUUUCCAGCCUUAGCAAGACUGAAUUGGUAAACAAGCAUGUCCUACCAAGACUUCUGACAGACUUCUCAGUGCACGAUCUGAUUUUCUGGCGAGAUGUGAAGAAGACUGGGUUUGUCUUUGGCACCACACUGAUCAUGCUGCUGUCCCUGGCAGCCUUCAGUGUCAUCAGUGUGGUUUCUUACCUCAUCCUGGCCCUUCUCUCUGUCACCAUCAGCUUCAGAGUCUACAAGUCUGUCAUCCAAGCUGUACAGAAAUCAGAAGAAGGCCAUCCAUUCAAAGCCUACCUGGAUGUGGACAUUACACUGUCCUCAGAAGCUUUCCAUAAUUAUAUGAAUGCUGCCAUGGUGCAUGUCAACAAGGCCCUAAAACUCAUCAUUCGUCUCUUUCUGGUAGAAGAUCUGGUCGACUCCUUGAAGCUGGCUGUCUUCAUGUGGCUGAUGACCUAUGUUGGUGCCGUUUUUAAUGGAAUCACCCUUCUGAUUCUUGCGGAGCUGCUCGUCUUCAGCGUCCCAAUUGUCUAUGAGAAGUACAAGACCCAGAUUGAUCACUAUGUUGGCAUCGUCCGGGAUCAAACCAAGUCAAUUGUUGAAAAGAUCCAAGCAAAACUCCCUGGAAUCGCCAAAAAGAAGGCAGAAUAAACACAUGGAAACCAGAAAUGCAACAGUUACUAAAACACCACUUAAUAGUUAUAAUGAUGUUACUUGUACCAUGGAGGACAUGCUCAGUGUCAGCUUGAGCCUGCAUUCCAAGCUUAUUUUUAUUUUAAUUUGGUAUUUUCUCCCCUCCUUUCCCUUUACCCUCAGUAUCAAGCACAAGAAACAGUGGACUGAACAAAAAGAACUGAUAUCUUAGAACCCAAAAGAAUAAAGAAAAGAAUAAAAUUAAUAGGAUAAAUUAUACCUUAGUGGUGGUGGAGCUUUUUACCUGUAGCAUGAAAAGGGGAAAGAUUUAGAAAAAGAGAAAGUGAAUGGUAGAAAAAUUUCUUGGGUCCUUCUAUUCAGUUUUCAAGGACUAGUUUUACACAACUCCCAUUAUAGUUUUGCCCUUAUUUUUAAGUUAAGAAAUAAUGAUUAACUUGUGAAGAAAUGGUUUGGAGACAGGAGGGGGAUGCCUUCCUUGGGUUAUUUGCAGCCCACCAAUCCCAUCCUCCUGCCCCACACUGUGAGCAGCUACUCUUAAUAUUCCUCUUCUUGACUUAAUGAUAUAACUUCCAGCUCUGAGUAACUUAUAGGUAGUAGUGAUAAUUCCUGUCUCCAGAAUGCCAUCUGAGAAAUAAGAGUAGAAACAGAAAAGGGUGGGAAAGGGUGUGGCAGGGGCACAGCAAUGGCCACCUCCCUCUGCCACGCAUCCACAGGGAAGGAAGGGCUCCACCAGCUGGGAGCAUGGUGUCCAUAUCAUCUCUUGGAUGCCAGUUCUGGGAGUUAAUUUGAGAACUCAUUCCUGAAUGUGCUUUCCCCUCUUUCCUGCCCACCCACCUCACCUCAAGUUUAAUAAAUAUGGUUGUACUUUUAUUAUUAUGAAAUAAAUGUCUGUACCUGCUGUACACUGCUGUACACUUGUUAGAGAAAAAUACUCUGCAUGUGGGCUCCCUAGUUAUUGAGUUAUUGUAAUCCUGUCUCAGUCUGUGGAGGGGGAACAGUCUCAAAAGAUGGAACUACCAGAAAAGAAAACGUUUUUCUUUAUCUACCACCACCACCACCACCACCACUGCUUUCUCCUCACAUGCUGUUGCUUUAAUGUGUGCUCAUCAGUUUAGUGUAAGGACCAAAGCCAAGCUGGCUUGAGGGGAGAUCUUAUGUGUCUGUGGCUAAGAGACUGCACGCCAGUGUGGGGACGUGCAUUUUGUUGUUCAUGUGGAGUCUAUCUGCUUUGAGGGUGCUUUCUUUGAUUUUCAGACACACAAAAUGCUCAGCCCCUGUACCAUGGCCCAGGAUGCUCCUUUGGAGAGUGCUUUCUGUGGACUUUUAAGUUAAGAUGACCAGACAGGGCCAGAGUGUAUUGAUGGGCUUUCUUCAGUUGGAGACAACAGAGCAGUGCACAGGCACAGCAGGUGGAGGGUGAUUGGGAAUCAUUGAUUCCUGUUUGAGACAAAGUUUCUUCCUCCCUUUUCCACAUGGAGACUCAAGUCAGUGUGAAAGCAGUCAUUAAGUUCCUUAAGCUUGUAGCUCCUACGUAGUCCUGCCCUUCCAAGAGGGAGCAAGCUGUAAGGGCUACAAUAUUUGUUGGUCCCAAAGUACUGCAGCUCUGCAGGAAGCACUGGGAGGAUUUUUUUUUUUUAAUUACUGGGGAAUUUAGAUGAGUAAAAAGGAACUCUCCCCAUACUCCCUUUUCUUAUUUUCUUGCCCCCUUUCUUUUUGAAAUUUUUAACAUUUUCUGUCAUUAAGAAUCUCCCUCUCCAUCACCAUUCCUUACCCUCCCAGGAAGUUGAUGCACUGAUGGACUUUCAGGCUUCCCCUCCAAAGGACCUCUUUCUGCACUGGAAGCCCCACACCAGGUUCUUUUCUUUUGUUGUUGCUGUGUUAAUAAUAAUGGGAGAGAUGUUUGUGCCACGCAGAAUUUUUUUUUUUUUUUUAAGGAAAACAUAGACAAAAAAGUACUAAUGAAACUGUGUGCGUGUCUGUGCGUGCAACAUAAAAAUACAGUAGCACCCAAGGAGCUUGAAUCUUGGUUCCUGUAAAACUGCAAAUUGAUGUGGUAUUAAUUUAAAAAUAAAGAACACAAUGACUGGUGGUGUU